CGUUCUGAAGGUUAGUUUUAUGACGUAACUCGAGAGGUCCUGAACAAUACAUCAACCUUAUAAGAAUUCAUCUUUAGUGAUCACAAUGGCCCACCGAUUGUUAUCCUACAAUCGCAAAUUUCAUAAUGUACUGUGGAAAAGUCUAUCCAAGUGUUCGCCGGAAAAUGUCUGGAUUCAAAGGCAUUUAGAUAUUGGAACUAUUCGAGGACUUCAGACAUCUCCACUAUUCAAUGACAUACUCGACCGACUUGUAAACAUUGCGAAAGACCCAAGAUUUUCAUCAUCCAGGUUGCAUAUGAGUGAUGAUAAAUCAAAUAAAAAAGGACUUGAUAAGUCAGCAUGGCCCAAACUGAACCUGAAACCAGGCCCCAGUGGUUCUGGUGGUGGAGGCAGUGGAGGUGGGGGUGGUUCAGGCCCCAGCAGGAAUGAAUGGAAUAUGGCAAUGGCAGCUUCCGCUGGUUUAACAGUACUCCUUAUGUGGUCUUAUUUAAUUUACACACGAAGUGGCCAGGAAAUUACCUGGAAGGAUUUCUUGAAUAAUUAUUUAAGUAAAGGUGCUGUUGAGAGACUAGAGGUAGUCAACAAGAAAUUUGUUCGUGUUAUCUCAUCUGGAAGUAUGGAUGCACCAGUCUUUUUCAAUAUUGGAAGCGUGGAUUCCUUUGAGAGAAGUUUAGAAAAUGCACAAACAGAAUUAAAUCUAGAUCCACAGCAUUAUGUACCUGUAGUAUAUACUACAGAAACAGAAAUUUCAAAAAUUGUGCAAGCACUCCCAACUUUACUUAUGAUUGCUUUCUUCAUCAUGAUCUACCGAAAGUCUGUGGGCUUAAUGGGUCAAGCAAGAGGAGGUCUCUUCAACAAUAUGACUAACUCCAAAGCUAAAGUAGUUAAUUCUAAGGAUAUUGAAGUUAGAUUUAAGGAUGUUGCUGGUUGUGAGGAGGCAAAAAUUGAAAUUAUGGAAUUUGUUAACUUCCUAAAAAAUCCUCAGCAGUACACAAAUCUUGGAGCAAAAAUACCUAAGGGAGCUAUACUGACAGGCCCUCCUGGAACAGGAAAAACAUUACUUGCCAAGGCCACAGCUGGAGAGGCUAAUGUGCCUUUCAUAUCUGUAUCUGGUUCUGAGUUCUUGGAACUAUUUGUUGGUGUUGGUCCUUCCAGAGUGCGAGAUAUGUUCAAACUUGCUCGAGAGAAAGCACCAUGCAUAUUAUUUAUUGAUGAAAUUGACGCUGUUGGAAGAAAGCGUUCUCAACGAGGUAUUGGUCACUCUGAACAAGAGAAUACACUCAAUCAACUUCUUGUGGAAAUGGAUGGUUUCAACACUUCUUCAAAUGUGGUGGUGUUGGCUGCAACAAACAGAAUUGAUAUGUUAGAUAAUGCACUUCUGAGACCAGGAAGGUUUGAUCGUCAGAUUUAUGUUCCUAAGCCUGACAUCAAAGGAAGAUCAUCAAUAUUCAAGGUUCAUCUAGCCACAUUAAAGACAUCCAUAAACAAGGAUGAGUUAUCCCGUAAAAUGGCAGCCAUGACUCCUGGAUUCACAGGCGCUGACAUUGCUAAUGUCUGCAACGAAGCAGCUCUUAUUGCUGCAAGAACCCUCAGUGAUGAUAUCACCAUCAAAAACUUUGAAGCAGCUAUUGAGAGGGUUAUUGCUGGUCUUGAGAGGAAAACUGUUGUUUUACAACCUGAAGAAAAGAAAGUUGUAGCUUACCAUGAAGCUGGUCAUGCAAUUGCAGGGUGGUUCCUGAAGAAUACAGAGCCUUUAGUUAAAGUAUCAAUUAUUCCUAGAGGUCAAGCUCUUGGUUAUGCACAAGUACUUCCAAGAGAGAUGCACCUACAAACCAAGGAGGAUAUUUUUGAUAAAAUGUGUCAGUUAUUAGGAGGCCGAGUAGCUGAAGAAAUAUUCUUUAAUCGAAUUACCACAGGAGCACAGGAUGAUCUUAGAAAGAUUACUCAAAUUGCCUAUGCUCAGGUUAUGGAAUGGGGAAUGAAUGAUAAAGUGGGUAAUGUGAGUUUCCAAAUGCCGCAGCCUGGUGAUUAUGCUGGUGAGAAACCAUACUCAGAGAGCACUGCACAGUUAAUUGAUGGCGAGGUUAGGGACAUAAUUAAAAAAGCUCAUGAUGCAACCCGAGACAUUCUAACUAAACACAAAACUGAUGUGGAAAAGGUUGCUGAGCACCUUCUGAAACAGGAGGUUUUAAGCAGAGAUGAUAUGGUCAAGCUUGUUGGUCAACGGCCAUUUGCUGAGAAAACUACAUAUGAAGAAUUUGUGGAAGGCACUGGAUCAGUAGAUGAAAACACAGAUAUUCCAGUGGGACUAAAAGACUGGAAUAAGGAUAAGAGCUCGGAGGGUAAAAAUUCACCUCCCCCUAAAGAUUCACCAGCCGCCUCAUGAAACUGUGAGCCCUAUCAUCUCAUUCAGAAUAAAUGUAAGAGUUUGUGUGUUUGUUGAAUGGUGUGUGUGUAUGUAUGAAAGUGAAUUUGUGUCUGCGACUUAAAUCUGAGUCAUUAGUAUAUUUGAUGUAGGCGAAGAAGUCACUGUAAAGUCGUUCUUUCAGGGCAUUUUUUCCAGCACAUAGGCAUUGGGAGCUUAAACUUCCCCUAGCUCAUUCUUACUAGAUGUAAAAAUGCAAUUGUAAUUUUCACCACUUAAAACAAAGCAGGGGACGUCUACCAUUGUUAAUUGAAACUACAAAAUUUUAACUUUUGCCUUUGUUUUGAGCGAACCCAAUAUUUAUUUGUGAUGUGUCACAUGUGAUAACUCUUUCAGAUUUUCUCUCUUUUUCUUGUUUUCUCUCCACAUAAAAGUUUGUUAAUUGUCAGAACUGGGAAACAGUUUUCCUAUGCUGAGGAAUAGAUGAGUCUAGGAAUGUGCGUUGGUCUGGGUUACUAAGGGCUUUUGUCAAAUUUGAAUCUGAAAUAUGCUUAAAAUGUGAAAAGUAACUCUACAGAAAGCUUAAUUUGUGUCUACUCAUAUUCCUUGGCUGUGUGUAAUGUAUUUUGUCAUCUACCGUAGUUCGAUGGAUGGUAAGCAUUGAUUUGUGCAAUAGUACAUGUCUUGUAUCAAAUUUAAAACAGAUAAAAGAAAUAUAAAACCUACAAAUUUA